AUGCGCCCGGUGAGGACACGCCCCCCGCGAGGACACGCCCCGGUGGAGGACACGCCCCCGCGAGGACACGCCCCCCGUGAGGACACGCCCAGGCAGACGAGCAGUGCUUCCCAGGUGCAGGGGCCCUACCACCUGGACCUGGGUUGUGGAGUCCUCACUGUGACCUCCUUGGAGCCGCCAUCUCCCCCGGCCACAGCUGGUCCAGCAGCCAGAGUGUGUCCUUAUGUCCUGGGCCAAGAAUGGCCAGCACCCUGCACCUUCAUCUGGGUCCCGAGACCUGGGGGUGCCGCGUCCGCUCACAGAGCAGGAGGCGUCCACUGGGGAAACCUGCCAGGUCAUCCUGAAGAGUUCUUGACAAGUCCAAGGUCCCGAGGAGACUUAAUUAAACCUGUGAAAAUGGCGGGGCCACCCCGGGGAUGGGGACCGGUCCAGCAGCUGGCAGCCACUCGGGUGCAGACAUGCCUCAACUUGCCCGUCCCAAGCCUGCGCACACCUCGCCUGCCGGUCCUGUCCUUGGACCCAAGCCCGUUUCCUCCUCACAGCCCCGUGCCACCCCCACCCUCGCUGAGCCGCUGA